AUGGAAUCCUAUUUCGAUGAACAAGAUUGUGAACCCUUGGACCUUGAACAGGAUACCCGAACCAACGUCCUGCUGGAACUCGCCAGGUUACUUUUCAACAGGAUAGACUUUGAAGAUGUGGGGCUGUUAGUAGAUUGGGAUCACCACCUGCCCCUACCUGCAGCCAAGGCUGUGGUGGGGAGCCUCCCUAGAACACUCAUCAGAGGCUCUCCCAAAGAGCUCAAAUACCCCACGUGUCUCUUGGAAUUCAAGGAGGAGACAGCCAUAGAAAUGCCUUGCCAUCACCUCUUUCACUCCAGCUGCAUUCUGUCCUGGUUAAGCAAGGCAAAUUCCUGCCCACUGAGCCACCAUGAGCUGCCCACUGAUGACGACACCAACGAGGAGCACAGGCGAGAUAAGACUCAAAAGGAGCAGCAGAAAUUCCGACUGGAGAACCUCCGUGGAGCCAUGUGCACACGAGGCGGCCGCCACAGCUGA